CAUUCAUACAAAUUUAGUUUUCGACUCUACAUAGACUACGGUUAAGGUAUUUUGACUAAACCCUUGGGACCUAUGAUCUUCGGUGUUGUACUUUCAACUUUGUAUUUCAUAAUUUCAUCUGUGGAAACUGGAAAUACAGUCCCGUUUGUUUUUCUGAAAUAAUAGGUGUAGUGUGUAUUGUGUUUAUAUUUAUAAUAAAAUAUAAAUGUAAUUAAUAAAUCUAGUGGUUGAGGGAAAAGAGUUAUUGUUGUAAUUUACCAAAUACAUCCAAUAAAUUUAAGUGUACAUUAUUAUCUGAUCGUUGCACAAGCGUAUCAGACUUAUUAAAUAUUAUAUACAUAUACUGUAUAUCCUUGCGUUCCUUCACGAUCGAUUUUAUAUUCCAUCGAAAUGACAUAUCUUAAUGUGAGCAACAGCAGUACGGACAGUAGUUCUGGGUCAAGUUCUGAUUCCAGCAGCAGUGCUUCAAGUUCUACUAGCUCAGGUUCAGGCUCUAGUAGUUCGGACUCAGAAUCAUCUGCUUCAGAUGUCCAAACAACUACAGCAGCUUCAAAGUCUCCAAAAGUUACACCUACUGAAGAACCGAAAAAGAAAGACGAGCUCAAACAGAGAAGAUCAUCUAAAUCCAAAAUCAUAUCUUCAAGUGAUGAUGACAUUCCUAAAAUUCCUAGUCCUAAACCCGUUGCUAGAAGAGGUAUGGCCAAAACAAAAAAUGCAGCAAGUGUUCUAGCAGCAAAGAAACCAUCAGCAAAGUCUGGAGGUGCUAAAUCCCGAGCAGUAACUAAAGUUACCAAAAUAGUAAAAAAUGAUAAUGCAUCAAAAAAAAAGAGUAUAUUUUCUCCUGAUAACAGUUCUGAAUCAGACUCGGAGAGUAAAGGUAGUAAAACUUCGAAAUUAAGUCCAAAAACAUCCCCAAAACCAAAAAAGACAAGAAAGUCAAGCGAUGAUAAGGACACCUCACCGCCUUCAAUUCAAAAUGAUGAUUCAAAUUCGAAGGAUACUUCCAAAAGAAGAGGAAGUAGAUCAAGUGGGCCCCCUAAAAAGUUAGAAGAUAAAAUUGUGUCAUCUUGUUCAUCCAGUCAAUCGUCAGUGGAAUCUGUGUCUUCAGAUAGUGAAAGUGAGCCAACUGCAAAGAAAGGUCUAUCUAAAACCAAGUCUAAUAAAGAGAUUCAAAAAAGUGGUGACUCGGGUGACUCAGUGCCUGAAAUGGUGCCUAGAAAGUUGACGCGUUCUAUUGCAGCACGGGCUUCACGCAUGGUCACUACUAAACCAAAUGAUUCUGAUUCGGAAGCUGAAGAAAAAAUUAAUGGCAAGAGUAAAGAUAAAGAGGAUAAAAGGCUAGCAAAAGCUCGUGCAGCACUAGUGAAAUCACCAGCCGUUCUACCGAGAUCCACCUCACCCUCGGAGAGAAGAUGUCCAGUCAGAGGAUGUGAUUCUACAGGACAUUUCGGUGGAAAGUCAGAGAAGCACUUCACCUACGACGCUUGCCCCACUUAUCACAACGUGACAGGCGCGUGGUGCGUGGCGGCCGCGGAGGAGAGAGUCGCCGCAGCUUCUGCCAGGAAGAAGGCCGUCAGCGCCAUGAUGCAGAGGCCCAGGGCGAUGCCCACCAUCGAGCAAAGGGCUUACCAGCUCAAGGUCAAGGAUAUGCGAUCAAAAUGGAAAGGCAGUCACGAGCUCAAGUCGCUGUCGAACGAGGACAUCGGAGAGGAGAGAGAACCGGUUUUAGACGGUUUUGUGCCUGACUACGAUUUGAGAUUGUUCAGAGAUGCGCAGGCGCUCGCCGCCGUGCAGAUCGAGGAGGAACUGGAAGACAUCGCCAGCGAUAAGGGAACGAGAUACGUGGUGAUGGGCAAGUACAUGAUGGAGGUGUGGUACCAGUCUCCGUACCCGGGCGAAGCGGCCCGGGUGCCCCGUCUCUUCGUGUGCGAGUUCUGCCUCAAGCACCACACGUGCGCCACGGGGGCCCGGCGCCAUCGCAUCAAGUGCGUCUGGCGGCACCCGCCAGGGGACGAGGUGUACAGAAAGGACACCCUGAGCGUGUGGCAAGUGGACGGGCGCAAGAACAAGCAGUAUUGCCAACAGCUCUGUCUCCUUGCCAAGUUUUUCCUCGACCACAAGACGCUGUAUUACGACGUGGAACCGUUUCUCUUCUACGUGAUGACCAGCGCCGACGAAGAGGGGUGCCAUAUCGUUGGCUAUUUCAGUAAGGAAAAGAACUCGUUUCUCAACUACAACGUAUCGUGUAUCCUCACCUUGCCGCCUUACCAAAGGCAAGGCUACGGAAGGCUUCUAAUAGAUUUCAGUUAUCUUCUAACAAAGGAAGAAGGGAAAGUCGGAUCUCCAGAAACACCGCUAUCGGACCUCGGUCUCAUAUCCUACAGGUCUUACUGGAAGGAGGCGAUCCUCAAACGAUUAUGUUCAGCUCCAGGACCGACUCUGGGUAUACGAGACCUCAGCAAGGACUUGGCUAUAUCCUCAUCUGACAUAGUCUCGACUCUGCAAGAACGAGGUCUAAUGAAAUAUUGGAAAGGCAAGCAUAUUGUCUUGAAGAAGCAGGAUGUUUUGGAGGAAGCAACUCGACGUGCAGGCCGCGUUCGCUCAGUAGAGCCUUCAUGCCUUCGUUGGUGGGGUGGGCCGACACCUCGUUAACCUGAAGUUUAAAUAUAAAUGCAUCAAUUCAGUGAAAUGUUAUACAAAUUAUAUUCUUUAUUUAUUCAGAGAUAUAUUCACUAGCGAUAUAUUUGUUUGUUUUUGUAUAUAAAGAAUGACUUUUUUGCCUUUUUUCGGGUUGAGUUAGUUUAUUUAACUCCAAAAAUGCAAUAUCUUUAAUAAUGUCUCAUAAUCUAUGUGCCCCAUGGCCCAUUCAAAAUUAUAAAUGACUAUUAUUUGAUCUCGUUUUUAUCAUUAGUAUUUAAAAUUUAUAUUUAAUUUCUAAAUGUGUAUUUUCUAUACAAAAAAAAUAUCUAUAUUCAGAUAAACGUACGAAUCGUAGCAUUAAGAGUAUCGCCCAUUUACAAAUCGUAAAAACAUUCAUUAUAUAUUUGAAUGUAAAUUAAUAACCGGACUAAAACACUUAAUCUGUAAGAACUAGGUUCAUCUUUUCGUUGCAUAGAUCUUUGGUAUAUUAUAUUAUCAUACAUACGAAAAUACUGACACUCAGCUAGUUUGAUUCUCGAGAAAAGUUUACAACAUAAUUAUGGACAAAAAUUAUUUAGUUUUAUAUAAAACGACGGAAUAGACUUUAUAAACUCAGUUUUAUAAUUGUGAUAGCGAUUAUUGUAUCGAUUCCUAAGACCAAAAUACAAUCGUUUUUAAGGCAUCUUAGGGCUUAGAACAAAACUACUCUUCGACAACCGUGGCCCACUAAUGUCAAACAAAUUUUUAUGAUAACGGUCACGUGACAAAGGUGACCAAAUGUCAUUGCUAUUUGGGGUCGCGUCUGUCGAAAAGUGAUUUAAUCUCAAGCCCCUAAAGUAUUUAAAUUAUGAGAAUUUUGAUGUUAGUUUUUAAGGUAUAUAUUGUGUGUGUAUAUAAUUUGUGUCUAUGUAAUAAACGUAUAU